CUCUACUCCAUAGACAAAAGAAAAGAAAUAAUAAUAAUAAUAAAUAAAAAUGGAUAUUUCUCAUUUCUUUAGCAAUGUUUUGUUGAAAAUUUUCUUCCCUUUCACUUUUGGUUUUCCCACCGGCCGCCGCACAGUGUUCUUCAGAUCGUUAAUGGGACUGCCCACCCCACUUUCCGGUGACCGGAAGUCCGUACAAGUUGUUCCCAAUAUUGACAAUUCUUCGGACGAUGAAACCAAUUACAAUUCAUGGCUGAAAAAACAUCCUUGUGGGUUGGAAUCAUUUGAGGGGAUAAUGAAAGGGCUGAAACGGAAGAAAAUUGUUGUGUUUUUGGAUUAUGAUGGAACUCUUUCCCCCAUUGUUGAUGAUCCUGAUCGAGCUUUCAUGUCUUCUGAGAUGAGAGAGGCCGUAAGAGAAGUGGCAAAAUGCUUUCCAACAGCAAUAAUAAGUGGAAGAAGCCGAGAUAAAGUAAAAGAGUUCGUGAAAUUAAGUAAUGUUCAUUAUGCUGGGAGCCAUGGAAUGGACAUUACUACGGCUCCAACUUCCGACAAUGAGGUCGAUGCGGUUUCUUUUCAACCUGCCAAGAAAUUUCUACCAGUAAUUCAACAAAUUAGGGAAGUAUUAGAGGAAGAAACUAGAAAAAUCGAAGGUGCAAUGGUGGAGGAUAAUAGAUUUUGUGUUUCGGUGCACUUUCGACAUGUUCAUGAGAGGGAUUUGGAUAAAUUGGAAAAAAAGGUAGAGACUGUUCUUGAAAGAUAUCCUGAUUUUCAUAUAACUUCGGGCAAAAAGGUUAUGGAGAUAAGACCUACCAUAAAUUGGAACAAAGGGCAUGCAAUGGAAUAUUAUCUGCACACUCUUGGACAUACUAACGAAGACGAUGUUGUUCCUCUUUACAUCGGAGAUGAUCGAACUGACGAAGAUGCUUUUAAGGUAAUACAAAUGAGAGGGCAAGGGAUUGCAAUACUUGUAUCAUCAAUACCAAAGAACACAAGGGCAUCAUACUCUUUGAAGGAUCCAUCGCAAGUUCUGGCUUUUCUGUUAAGGCUAGUAAGAUGGAGGAAGCUCUCAUCUUCUUCAAUUACAAACCCACUUCCUUAGAUUUAGAGAAAAAUAGGGGAGGUGAUCUAUUUAGGUAUAUAGGUAUCUACGGAAAUUAAACAAGAGAUGGAGAUACCUAAAUCCUACAAUUAAUUAAAUACACAUGCGUUUUAUUUGUUGAUUAAUAUGAACAUAUAAUAACAUGAACAAAUUGCCCCUUUUGUUGGCCUAAUUGAGCCUAAUUGAGGAGGUUGUUACAUCUUAUAAUAGUUGUAUAUUGGCUCAAAA